AUGUUUGACGCACUUCCGUUACGAUGGGUCUCGCGGAUGAGGGAUCAAGGUUACUUUAAUCAAUUCCUUAUGGCUGUCAUGGUUACGAUGCCAGUCAUAAAUUUCGGUAUGCUGAUGGGAUGGCUAUCUCCUAUGACUCCAAUUCUGCAGUCUCCCGACGGACCGGCUCCGGAACCGAUAUCUGAUGAAAUCAUCUCGUGGAUGGGAGCUGGUGGCUUCCUGCCUCUGAUUUUAUGUAGCAUCUUCACAGGGACAAUAGCGGAUAGAUGGGGGAGGAAAUUUGUUACGAUGCUGACAGGAUUUAUACUACAGGUUGGUUGGUCCAUCAUGCUGUUCUCUCUUCGUCCAUGGGCACUGAUCACGUCUCGAUUGGUUGCGGGAAUGGCAGGCGCCGGAUGCUAUGUAGUACUACCAAUGUAUUUGAAGGAGGUUGCGUCCGACAAUAUACGCGGUGCUCUGUGCUCUCUUUUCAUCUUGUCUCAGAAUAUGGGAUAUUUGGCUGUCUACGUCGCCGGAGACCUGCUCUCUUUCAAGGUACUGCUGUGGAUCUGUACAGCAAUACCUGCUAUCUUUCUAGCGGGGUUCAUCUUUAUGCCUGAAACACCAGUAUUUUUGGUGAAACAGGGUAAGAUUGAGCAAGCGCGUGUUGCAUUGUCAUGGCUUCGGAACACUACUUUAAAUGAUAAAAACCUGGAGGAGGCUAUACAGCAGCUGCAAAGAGAAGAAGAACACGCAAAGAGUAUAGAGAAGGCAACUUUGAAAAGCUUAGUUCAAGAUAAAACCAUGUUCAAAGCCUUUCGAAUAGCGUUGUUCGUGAUGGCGCUACAGGAGACAUGUGGAUACCUGGUUGUUCUAAUAUUCGCCGGAUCAAUCUUCGCACAGGCGUCUAAAUCAAUCAACCUAAACCUCAGCCCUAAUAAACAGACAAUUGUAGUGGGAGUUAUCCAGUUAUUAGGAUCGAUUGUGGCUAGUUGUAUCGUAGAAAAGACAGGAAGAAAGUGGCUCCUAGCGGUAACGUCUUUAGUAACUGGUCUUUCAAUGUUGACCCUUGGACUCUGGUUUUACAUCACCUCUAUGAGCAUCUGGAUGCCAGGCUGGCUUCCUGUUCUUGCCAUGUGCUUAUGUAUUUUUGCGGAUGCUGCUGGAUUCCAACCUGUACCUUACGUCAUUACAUCGGAGCUCUUUAAUUUUCAGUACCGUGGCAUGGUGAGUUCAACCGUUAUUGUCGUGUGCGGUCUCAGUGACUUUAUCCAAAUAAAAGCCUUCGAUCCUUUACUGAAGCUGUUAGGAAUACAUUGGAUUUUUAUUAUAUUUUCGUUCAUCUGCUUCCUCGCAAGCUUCUACGCCGCCACGUGUGUACCAGAAACGAAAAACAAGAGUGUAGAAGAAAUAUAUGCGUUUUUAGAAGGAAAGGAAUUUAAAAAUAAAGAAAAAGAUAAUCCAGAACUUGGUAAAGAGACAAGUCAGCUAUAA